GUGACUGAGUAAGAGAAGGAGAAACUAUCAAAGGUUUUCCCUGAGGGUAGAGAGCUGACUCUGCACUCCAGUGGCAGAGCCCUCAUCACUCUGCCUUCUGAUGGUUGACCCAAGAGAACUCCUAGCUGUUCCUAUGGGAACAAGGACCCGGCAUCUACUGUUUGCAGUGGAAUGAUGAACUGGGACAGCACCUGCUCCUUCGGAUGGCUGCAGCAGCGUGGAAAACUCCGAUCGGACUCUGCAAUCCUGCUGAUGACUUUAAUAACGAGCUGAUCAUUUUAAUAAAGAGCGGAAUAUUAAUAAAGGCAUAUGCCCUGUUCUUUUCACCGUCACAGCCUGGAGAGCCCCGCGGCAUCCCGUCACAGCUCGGGGAACGGAACAUUCUCCCAGCCCGCCGAGCCGGAGCCCCCCGCGGCCCCAGCGUCCCCCUGAAAACUUUGCCCCGAGUUGCGGGCGCUGGGGCGCGCUACCCUCGCUCCCUCACGCCCCCCGCCCCAGGUGCGCGGCCGGCGCUGCCCCGCCCCGCCCGCGCCCCGCCCCUCCAGUGCCCGCCGCCACUGGCGGCGGCGGCGGCGGGCGGGGCGCAUUGGCUGGAGGGCGCCGUCACUCUUCCCCGGCGGCGCUGGGGAGGGGUCUGGGCGCUGCGUGCGGGCGGCGGGAGUGUGGUGGUCCGGCGGCACCGCAUGGAGCGCAGCGCGGGGCUGAGGCAGCCGCGGGGAGCCGCGCCGGCCAUGGCGGUGUCCGCGCCGCCCUUCAUCGUCGCAACUUCCAGCGGCGGCGGCGCGGGGAGUUCGGCGGGACUGUUCCGGGCGGACGCGCUGUACUCCAGCCCCGCGGAGUCCCCGCGCCUCACCAACAGCCUCGUCAACACUUUCCUCUCGGCCGGCGGCGGAGUCGGCGCGGUCGGCGGAGGCGGCAGCGAGUGUAAGAUGGUUGACCUGCACGGGGUGAAGGUGGCCUCGUUCCUCGUGGAGGGGCAGGAGCUGAUCUGCCUGCCGCAGGUCUUUGAUCUCUUCCUCAAGCACCUGGUGGGAGGGCUGCACACGGUCUACACCAAGCUGAAGCGGCUGGAUAUAUCGCCCGUGGUGUGCACGGUGGAGCAGGUCCGUAUCCUGCGCGGGCUGGGGGCCAUCCAGCCUGGCGUCAACCGCUGCAAGCUCAUCACCAGGAAGGACUUCGAAACUUUGUACAACGACUGCACCAACGCGAGCUCCCGCCCAGGAAGACCCCCCAAGCGCUCCCUGGGAGUGGCGAUCCAGGAAAAUGCACGGCUGCUGCCCCAUGGAGUUCCAGGCCUCUUAUCACCAGGGCUUAUCUCUCCGACAGGUCUGACAGCAGCUGCCAUGGCAGAGGCUAUGAAGCUACAGAAAGUGAAACUUCUGGCCAUGAACAGCCUUCAUGGAAUUGGGAGUCAAAAUGGAACCGAGUCAGAAAAUGAAGAGCUAAAUUCUAAUGCAGGUGGGAGUGAAUCCUACUGGGAUAAAGACAAGCUCCAGUCUCCCAUCAUGACGGGAUCCCAGCACAGCACUGGUCACUCCAUGCUGCCAGGCCAGUCGAGCCUUAGGAGUGCACACCCACUCAGCCCUCUCCAGCAGAACCACCUGUUCACCAACAGGAUAGACCUGCCCUUCAUGAUGAUGCCGCACCCCCUGCUCCCCGUCAGCCUCCCCCCGGCCUCGGUGGCCAUGGCCAUGAACCAGAUGAGCCAUCUCAACACCAUCACCAACAUGACAGCGGCAGCACAGAUGCACAGCCCCCUUUCCAGGGCAGAGGCCUCCGUCAUCAAGGAGAGCAUCCAGGACAGCCCUUCCCCGGCGCUGUCCCUGGAGGACAGCCAGCGGCCCGGCAGCCACACGUCCUCACACCCCAGCAGCAGCAUGUCCAGCUCCCCGUCCCAGCUGGAGAACACUCCCGACAGGAUCGCCAUGCUGAUCAACAGCAGGGAAGGAGAACUCAUUGACCAAGAAACUGGGACCAGCCUAAAAAAAAUACAAAAGGAGAAAGAACUUGAUCUAUACCCACACCAUGUAUUUGAAAGAAGGAGUGAAGGGGAAGCUGCCAGGCCCCAGUUUGCUCUCUGUAGGAGAUGCUCCAGUUCCAUGCAAUGCUGGCAGAGGGGAUGGAUCACUCAGUGGAGAUUAUUUACUACUGACCACGGGAAAGGAAAAGAAGAGGUCCAAAUUGCCAUUCCAAUAAUGAAACCAACCUUAGAUAAAGUCCAACUGGCUGGACAUGCCUUGCCUCCUGGAUUUCCGGCGCCAUUUCUUUUUGCUGAUGGUCUUUCAUCAGUAGAAACACUAUUAACCAACAUUCAGGGCCUGCUGAAAGUGGCUGUGGACAAUGCAAGAGUCCAGGAAAAGCAGAUACAGCAGGAAAAGAAAGAGUUAAAGAUGGAGCUUUGUAGAGAGCGAGAACUACGAGAGAGCUUGGAAAGGCAACUCACAGCUGAGCUGCAAAGCAGAGCCACAAUUCAAAAACGCUUGAAGAAAGAGAAGAAGGCAAAGAGAAAAUUGCAGGAAGCUUUGGAAUUUGAAUCCAAGAGAAGAGAACAAGUGGAACAGUCUCUUAAACAGGCCACAUCAGGUGACAGUCUCAGGAUGUUAAAUGAUGCUGGAAUCCCAGAUAUGGAGAUAGAACACAACGGAACCCAACAUGACAGUGCAGCGAUGCAAGAAAACAGAACAUACAUCAAACCAGCCAUUAUGUACUGAAGGAACCACAUAUUGCUGAAAAACAUAUAAUGACCACUAUUUGAAGACUAUAUAGUUCCUGAGAAAUGUCCCUUCCAACCUUUGAUGCCUUCAGUACUGUGUGAGGAAUAGGACUUGUAGCAUGAAACUUGAAGGACAAUUUCAAGCAAUUUACUGUUGCUGCAUUGAAAACUGCCGUAUUAAGAAAUACUGAGACUUUUUACAAGCAUACCAUACCAAACCAAGCCUGUCAUAACAGAUCAUUUUUAGGUCCCUAGAGACAGAAAGAAGUUUUAGUAUUUUUAAGCACAUAUAUUAAUUACUUCCCCUCCCCACCCCACUCCAAAAAAGAACUGUUUUUUUCCUUAGGAGGUGGCUAUUACUGAAUAGCAAUGGCACAAUGAUUUUAAGCCACAGUGGUCCUCACUGGCUGUACAUCAUACAUUCAGUUUAUCACUGAAACUGUUCAACAUGGAGCUGUUUCGAUUGUGUUUAUAAAUCAAGCUUUGUUUACUGAAGCAGAUAAUAUAUAUUAACGUUUUAAAAAGAAAUGUGUGUACAUUUUUUAAAAGAACAAUGUAAAAAUUGUCCUUUCAUUAGAUGACCAAUUCAAAAGUGUGAGCUAAACCGUAAUAGCUGAUGUAAUAUGAGGAUUAUAAUUGAUGCUUUUUUUUUUUUAAUGCUCAGUUCAGCUUGGCUUUUGGUCUUUCAAGAUGGAAAAAUGAAUAUGCAGUAGAGUGUUAGAUAAUGGAAACUAUUAAGUAUGGUUUCUCUGUUGUACCAUAUUAAGUUAAAGUACACAUACUUUGUUAAAACUCUUCUUGCUAAAAAUACAGUAUUAAAAAGGGUUUUGUUUGA